GGGGUCAUAUUAAUCAUGGCGUGGAGAGGUUGUAUAGUAAGAUGGGUUAAAGAGGAUUUUAUUUUUCAAACCAGCCAGAGAAGUAGGUUGUUCCCUUGCCACCAGCAGAAAUGUGGCUUUCGCAAGGUGGCAAAGAGAGCAGAGUCAAAGAAGGAAGCAGAACAAGCAGAGAUGCUGCACAAGCGGGAGCUGAAUCCACAGAUGGAGCCACCCACGCCACACCAUCCUGGGAGGUCGUUCGGCAGACUGGUCAAACCGCUGGUGUUCACUGUGGGGUUUACAGGCUGUUCGUUUGGAGCAGCAGCAAUCUGGCAGUAUGAGAGUCUAAAGUACCGUGUGCAGAGCUACUUCAAUGAAGUACGUGCUGAUUGGCUGGACAAACUGCGACCACAGAAACAUGGAGAUCUUCGGAAACAGGUGAAUCAGUGGUGGAAUAGUCUGAGUGAAGGCCAGAGAAGUGUCACAGGCAUCAUAGUUGCCAACGCACUGGUGUUUUGUUGCUGGAGAAUUCCAGUACUGCAGCAUGCUAUGGUGAAGUACUUCACCUCUGACCCUGCCUCCAAGGCGCUGUGCUGGCCCAUGCUGCUGUCCACCUUCAGCCACUACUCGCUCUUGCACAUGGCAGCCAACAUGUAUGUGCUGUGGAGCUUCUCCUCCAGCAUCGUCAACCUGAUGGGCAGGGAGCAGUUCAUGGCUGUCUACCUGUCUGCAGGCGUGAUCUCCACGUUUGUCAGUUACGUGUGUAAAACGGCUACAGGACGCCUGGGACCAUCGCUGGGCGCUUCAGGGGCCAUAAUGACCGUGCUGGCGGCUGUGUGCACCAAGAUGCCAGAAGCGAAGCUGGCUGUGAUCUUCCUCCCAAUAUACACCUUCUCUGCUGGAAACGCGCUCAAAGCUAUUGUUGCCCUGGAUACAACAGGCUUGAUAAUGGGAUGGCGGUUCUUUGACCAUGCAGCUCAUUUAGGAGGAGCUCUGUUCGGCAUGUGGUAUAUCCUCUAUGGGCAUGAGCUGAUCUGGAAGAACCGGGAGCCACUCGUGAAGUUGUGGCACAACUUCAGAACACGGGGCCCUGGCACUGGGGGCAGCGGCUCCCUCUAGGGAACUGGAGGACAGAUGGCGGGGAGCAGCCAUAGCAAGAGAGGAGACGAGAACACACACACACACACACACACACACACACACACACACACACACACACACACACACACACACACACACACACACACUCACUCUAUUCCAUUUCACACAUCUUAAGUCUUUAAUCAGACUCCUUCUAUUCGCUUACUUCAUUUACUGGUUUAAAGGUGUGUGUGGUUGUGGGUGGGUGGGUGGGUGUAUGUAUGUAUGUGGGGGCAUGGAAUGUGUGUGGGAAUCUGUGUACAUGUUGGAAAUUCCUGACUCAUCUACUAAGGUGCCAUUUGAGUUUUGGAGUUUAUGUAGCACCUCAUACAAAGACUUACUAAGAGUGAAGCCCAAAAUGUUUCCCACAACACAUUCUCACCACAUAGCACAGACCCAGUUCUAAGACAAGAUACUGCAGUGUCGUACAUCUCCAGAAUUACAGUACACAACUGUGCUUGGACCUCAGUCUGUUUGUCAUUUAAAAUGUUUCUUUUUUGUUUAGUUUUUUUUUUAUGAAUAAAAUGUUUAUUUAAGUUCUGAAAAUUA